CCGAAAUGACGCCGUUUGAUAGAUGUCUCUCGACUCUUCUUCUUCAUUCCCGGGUAAAAUAAAAAGAAAACGUGUCUCCAACGCCAACGUAUAGCAGAGAAGUCAGAAGAAGAUAUGGCGUCUUCGUUUCUCCAGAGAUUAGUAGAUCCGAAGAAGAACUUCUUGGCUCGUCUUCAUAUGAAGUCCGUCUCUAACCGCCUCCGCGAAUACGGGCUUAGAUACGACGAUCUCUACGACCCUAUGUACGAUCUAGACAUUAAGGAAGCGCUUAACCGGUUGCCUAGAGAGGUCGUUGAUGCUCGGAACCAGCGCCUUAAGCGUGCGAUGGACCUCUCCAUGAAGCACGAGUACCUCCCAGAUGAUCUCCAGGCAGUGCAGACACCAUUCAGGAGCUACCUCCAAGAAAUGCUGGCUCUUGUAAAGCGGGAGAGAGCUGAGAGAGAGGCUUUGGGAGCUCUACCUCUCUACCAGAGAACCAUUCCUUAAGAAUGUUGUCUCUUUUGUCCUAUAAUUGGAAAGGCCUCUUAAACAAACAGAUCCUAAUCAUCUCUCUGUUUUAUUAUUUUUUAAACGUCAAUCUGCCACACAAUUUGCUUUGUAUGGCUAUGUACGGUCCAUGUUUAUGCGCGUCUAAGGUUGUAUGAUAUUGUUGUGUAAUGUAUAAUAAGCUUUAUUGAUCUAUCA